UCUUCUCUUUCAGAUGGCGUGUCUGCGUGCCUUGCCGCUGCAGGGUAUCAAGGUUGUGGAGCUGGCUGGCUUAGCUCCGGCUCCGUUCUGCGGUAUGGUCCUGGCCGACUUCGGGGCGCAAGUGGUGCGUGUGGACCGGACCGGCGCCGGCGCCGGCGCCGGCACAAGCUACUUGGCCCGGGGCAAGCGCUCGGUGGCCGUGGACCUGAAGCGGCCGCGGGGAGCGGCGGUGCUGCGGCGUCUGAGCGCCCAGGCGGACGUGGUGCUGGAGUCCUUCCGCCACGGUGUCAUGGAAAAACUCCAGCUUGGCCCAGAGAUUCUGCAGAGGGAGAAUCCAAAGCUUAUCUAUGCCAGGUUGAGUGGAUUUGGCCACUCAGGAAUAUUCUCUAGGGUAGCAGGCCAUGACAUCAACUAUUUGGCUUUGUCAGGUGUUCUGUCAAAAAUGGGCCGAAGUAGUGACAGUCCGUAUGCCCCGCUGAAUCUCCUGGCCGACUUUGGUGGUGGUGGUCUCAUGUGUGCUCUGGGCAUCAUGAUGGCCCUUUUUGAACGCACACGCUCUGGCAAAGGUCAGGUCAUUGAUGCAAGCAUGGUGGAAGGAACAGCGUAUCUAAGUUCUUUUGUGUGGCAAACACAACAAAUGGGACUGUGGGAACAGCCUCGAGGACAGAACAUGUUAGAUGGUGGAGCACCUUUCUACACAACUUAUAGGACAGCAGAUGGGGAGUUCAUGGCUGUUGGAGCAGUAGAGCCCAAGUUCUAUGAGCUGCUGAUCAAAGGACUUGGGCUAAAGUCUGAUGAACUUCCCAAUCAGAUGAGCAUAACUGAUUGGCCAGAAAUGAAGAAGAAAUUUGCAGAUGCAUUUGCAAAGAAGACAAAGGCAGAGUGGUGUCAGAUCUUCGACGGCACAGAUGCGUGCGUGACUCCGGUUCUGUCUUUUGAAGAGGCUGUCCGUCAUGGUCAUAACAAAGACCGAGGCUCAUUUUUCACUGAUGAGAAGCAGGUCGUGAGUCCUCGCCCUGCGCCUCUGCUGUCGAGCACUCCAGCUAUCCCUUCUUCCAAAAGGCAUCCUUUUGUAGGAGAACACACUGAAGAGAUACUUAAAGAAUUUGGGUUCAGCCAGGAAGAAAUCGAUCAGCUUAACUCAGAUAAAAUUAUCGAAAGUAAUAAACCAAGAGCUAAUCUCUAAGUUCCCAGCCCCGCGGCUCACGUGUAUUUGAAUACUGCAUUUAUAGUAUGGAAUAAUACACAAAAUUAUAGGCAUGGACACGUGCAAGAGCAGGAUCACAGUGGUUCAGUCCAACUAUUCUAAGGACUCUGAUUAUACAGUAAUGAUUGAAUUGUGAAAAUGUAAUCAUGGUUUUUGAUUUUGGAAUGUUUUUAGUUUACUAUACUAAUUUAUGGCAAUUUUUCUGCCUUCCAGUUUGCUUGAUAGAUUAUGUUUAUUGAUAUUAAAAUAUUUAAAUGUUUAUAAUAUACUUUAAAUGAAUUAAUAUGCUUUUUAUUAAAUAAAGCUUUUUCCCCCUAAACUUUA